UUCUUUGGCAUCCCUCUUCCCUUUCUCGAUCCCUUCCUUUUUACUUCCUGGCCCUUCUUCAUAUAAUCUUAUUGUGAAGGGUUCAGCAGCACAUAGAUCCGGUAGCUUCCGCCAAUUCCCCCCAACCUUUUGGAUCUGUUACUAUGACUUCAGUUGUGAAGAUCGAAGGCCAACAGCUCCCCGUCAACGAUUUUCAGGAUUUGUCCCUCAAAGAUAAGAGUGAAAUGCGAUGCGAAGCAGAGAUCCUCCAGGUGGGAUCUGAGAACCAUGGGGGAAUCUGUGCGAUUUGCUUGGAUAAGAUAGUACUGCAGGAAACUGCGCUCGUUAAAGGUUGCGAGCAUGCUUACUGUGUAACAUGCAUUCUUCAGUGGGCGACACAUUGUCCGAGGGCCACUUGCCCGCAAUGUAAACAUCCAUUUGAGUUUCUUAAUGUCCAUCGCUCCCUUGAUGGCGGCCUUCAUGACUACAUGUUUGAGGAAAGUGUCUGCCUACUUCUCCGAGCUUCAUGGUUUAAACCUUUAAAUGUGGAAGAUCGUGCUGAGCAUGAAGACAUAUAUAUGUACGAUGACAUUGAGGAUUAUUUUGAAUACGACGAUGGGCAAGAUGACUUAGAUGAAGCUUAUUAUGGUGGCUCAUCAAGCAUCCGCAUCGGCAACCGGAGAUGGGGAGACAAUGGCUAUGUUAGGGCUGGUCGACAACAAGCUAGGCCAGUGUACCAACCACACUCCCAGAACUCGGGGGCAAGUUCAUCCCGUGAGCCAAGGAACAAAGAGGUUGUCAAAGGUGCUACAACAACUGGACGGCGAGCAAAGCGAGCACUGAAACGGGAGGAGGCGGAUAAGGCUGCUGCGGCGAAGCAUCAGCAGCAUCUAGUUAGGUUGGGAAGGAAGUGAUUCUAUUUAUGUUGAAUCAGACCAAACCUAGAAACGCUUCCCUCUCCCCAUCUUAGUCUUUAUAUAUUCAUUUUAAUUUUUUUGUACAGUGAAUGUGGCUUUUAAUCUGUAAAGCAAUGUAUCAGUUGGGGGAAAGAUGUUUUAAGAAUAAUUGGGGUGCUAGGUGGUUGGUUGGUUUUAAUGGUAGGACGGUGAACAUGUUAGGUUUCUAUUUAGCUGACUCGUUCUCUCAAUGCAGUCCUUAGUUGUACAUAAUUCAAGUUGAACAAGGUAGGCUUCGUCUUAACUCGUUGUCCUAUGUGUUGGUUCUUUCAAUUAUAAGUUGAAAUUAUGGAACGUGGAGAAGUGAAAUUUGCCGCA